CUUCAAACACCACCACCACCACCACACACGCGCAGACACACGCACGUCCGUCUGUCUGCCGGUGGUCUGUCUGUCUAUCGGUUGGCCUUGGCGACCCGCUCGAUCUCGUCCUUCUUCUUGAUGGCGUAGCUGUUGGAGCUCUCCUUGGCGCAGUUGAUGAUCUCGUCAGCCAGGCACUCGGCAAUCGUUUUGAUGUUGCGGAACGCACUCUGACGCGCGCCUGCACGCACAGAGGUCACACAGAGGGGGAGGGAGAUACAGAGGUGACAGAAGGGUGGGUGGCUGUGGGUACCUACCGUAGCAGAUGAGGUAGAUGGCCUGGUUGACACGUCUGAGUGGCGACACGUCCACGGCCUGCCGCCGCACCACACCGGCCGAACCGAUACGCGUCGAAUCCUCGCGCGGACCGCCGUUCUUGACAGCCUCGACCAACACCUACAGCCACCACACAAGAGAGAGGGGUGCUGAUCUGACUGAUCUGAUGUGCGUCUUCUGGCGUCUGUGUGGGUGUGACUGACUGACCUGCACGGGGUUCUUGUCAGUGAGAAGGUGGAUGAUCUCGAAGGCGUGCUUGACGAUCCGGACGGCCAUGGCCUUCUUGCCGUUGUUGCGUCCGUGCAUCAUCAUGGAGCACACGAGGCGCUCGACGAUGGGGCACUGGGCCUUCCUGAAGCGGCGGGACUGCCAUCGGCCGGCCGUGUGGGGCAGGUACACCGAGGCCCUGUCCUUGUAGCUGAUGUAGUCCACCAAGGAGAGGUCGGACGUGUUGACGUCCAGGUAGCUCCACUUGCCGAACAGGCGAACGUCCGCCAUGAUGACACUGACUGACACAACCCGACAGACAACCACACACGCAGAUCUGUCACUGUACGGCCGUCUGAGGGCUUGUCUGUCCGACCUGGCUUCCUUCUUGCUUCCUGAGUGCGUGUGUGCCCACCUGCAAGGCCUCUGUGGCGCUCCUUCCGUG